AUGGCUUUGAAACGACGAGAAAUGCUGAGUUUAUGGAUAUUCCUACAGCUUACAAUAGCAGAUGUUAUGCCCUCUGAUGAAUGGGCUGUUAAGUACAAAUCUAAUGAUGCAUGUGUCCUUGAAGGUUCCACUGUGGAUUUUUCCUGUUCAUACAAUUACCCCAGGGGACUCUUAAUAAACACUCUUAAGUGGUUCAAGCCAAGAAGGCGUCAAAAGCAGGAUGGUUCGCAGCAAGGUGUGUUUGUUUACCACACGGAUUCUAAACAGAUUGAAGAAUCUUACAGGGGAAGAACAGAGUUUGAAAAUGAAGACAAAAAGUGUACACUGCGUUUACACAAUGUUUCUGUGAGUGACAUCGGGAGAUAUUUCUUUCGAUUUGAGACAACCUCGUAUGGAGAGAUGUGGACAGGAAUGGGUGGAAUAUUUCUCCAGUUAGCAGUCCUACCCCUCAGCAUACGGGUAGAUUCAAGCAGAAAAAAGGACUACAUUGAAGAAGGGGAAAGGGUGACCCUGACCUGUGGCACAAACACUUGUACCCCCACAAAUGUUCCAUUUUCCUGGUUUAAGGAUGACCGCCAACUUGACGAGGUCACAGGGAGCAGCCUCAUACUUCUUUCAGUUUCUCCUGAAGACUACGGCAAUUACUCCUGUGAGCUAGCACAUGAUGCUAGGAUCUCAGCCCAAAGGCUGCUGCUUGAUGUGAGAUAUAGACCAAAAAAUGUUUCUGUGGCACUCAGUCCCCCUGGAAUCAUCAAAAAAGGAAAUUCACUGACAUUAACCUGUGAGAGUCAAGCCAACCCAGCUGCUGGAAACUUUAUUUGGUUCACAAUUAAUGGGACAGUUACCUCACAGAUAGGAUCAGGCCGCAGUUUCACAGUGUUUAUCAACAAUGAAGAUGGUGGACAGUACUUUUGUGAAGCCAGAAACGCCCUGGGUUCCAUAAACUCAACAGUUAAAACCCUACAAGAGGUGAGUCCUGAUGCUGCUGGAGACAUCUAUGAGAAUGUAGAAUUCUCACACUGCUCAGAGACAGAGGAAAGCACUGAUGUCUUAUUGUAUGCACAGCUAAAACUACCUUCAGAAUCAGAAAGGCUGUGUUCGCUGGAGGCAGAGGCAAGCACCUCAGUGAUUUAUAGCCUUCCAAAAGCAGAUUACAGUCAUCGCAGCCCACUGCAAGAGGUCCGUGUCUUAACUGACCAGCAGGGGGCGAGCUGCUCUCACCAAGCCCCACGAUAA